UUAGGAGCUCGGGAUCCCAGAAGCUGAGUGGCCGGUGCACCAGGGCUGCGGGGUGCAGGAGGGAGAGGAAGUAGAACCUCCCGGUGAGCCCUGGGGCCCCCUGGGAGUCACUCCCGGAAGUCACUUUGUCUCUGGGCUAGAGGCUUUCUUCGAGCUGCAUCCUUCUGGAUCAGGCCAGCAAUGGAGUCAUCCUGCGGUAGGGAAUGGAGCUGUCCAAGGAAGGAUGGACAUGCCACGCUGACCAAGAGGGGUGCAAGGUGAGCUGAGGCCCUGAGUGACCACGGCAGGGUCGGCUGAGGAGAGACCUGGGCCCCCUGGACAUGGUGGUGCAGCACUCGGUGAAGCAUGCAGCCCUCUGGGUUUCCUAGGACCUCUGUGCAGCUGGUGGGCUCAGCAGUGGGGCUGCGAGGGACCACACAGCGCUGUGAAGCACCCAGUCAUCGGGGCCUCUGUUGCCAGUGGCCACAGAGGAUGACCCUGCUGUCCCCAGCGAGCGAUACAUGGGUUAAGAGACUGCUUGGCUUCCCCUGGGUCGAGGCGGGUCUCCAUCUGUGACUCGCCGACUUUCAAAGUGGGUGUGUCAGCUGCUAUCCACGAGAGUCUGGCCCCGGCUAGGGCUGUGAGCACGAAGGGACAGGAAUGCCUGGAGUAGACGCCCGGACCCCAGCUGGGCAGUGGCUGCUUGGUUAUGACAGCUGAGCAGCUACACCGCUGGCAGCAGGCCAAGGAGACAUUGCUCAAGCAGCCUUUGCACAGCCCUGAUUCUGCAUGGGGCUGGACAGGAGGGCCACGUGUGUCGGGAGGGGCUGGACAAGGUGACUGGAAGUGGCUACCAAGUGCCCCAGGAAGGGACUUUGCCCCUCGCUCAUGUGACGGUAGCUCCACCUCUCCCCCAGAGUGGCUGGGGCCCCCUCUUCACACCUGAGUCUUCCCAGCACCUAAUAGAACGGCAUCCCUCUUAUGCCAGCCCUGCUUCGGGCGUUUGAGCCCAAACAGGAAGCAGAAAGUGCAACAUGAAGGUGGCCUCAUCCAGCCUGCCUGCUGCAGGGGAUGAGGGACAGGGCCACCUUCCACGGAGCAGGGGCUCUGACUCCAUGCUCCUGGGCUGUGGAUUUGGAAGAUCUCAGCUGGUCACUCCCUGUCCCAGCCUGGUGAGCAUGGAAACCCUGUCCCUGGAGCUGCAGGCGCCGAGGGCGUGAUGGCCCUGCUGCGGCCCAUCUUGGGACUCACCUUGGUCACGGGGGAGCUGGGAAGCAAACCCGGGUCACAGGCAGGGGACUCAUGGGUGGGCAGCCCCGGGCUCCCCAUGAUGUCUCCACCAACUCCCACUGCCGUGUCUCCCGGGCGAGGCUCCUUGUGCCACCGAGAGAGGAGGGCACCGCAGUGGUCCUGCUGAGUCCAAUAGUUUGUCGUCAGCUCUGGAUGUUUUCCUGGCUCAGAUGUUUGGAAGAAAAAGCACCUCAAACAAGGGUGCUGAGUGGGAGCCCCCUGCUGGGAGCCCUUUCUGUCCACGGGGGAGAAGCUGGGACCCUUCCCUGCUCCCUUGGAGGACUGGGAAGCGUCAGCUCCACCUCAAGGCCUCUGAGAGAGUGGGGAAGGGGGAUGGUGCUGUUUGCUCCCACAAGGAGAGAAGAGAUUGCCCUGAGGCCCUGGGAUGGGGAGGCAGAGUGGCUGAGCCCUGCUCCCUCUCAGGUCGCUCUUCGGGAGGGGGAUCGGGUGACGGGAGGGACCUCGGCCAAGCGCCUCUGCCUUCCUGGGCUGGACACUCCUGGGCUCUGGCGUGGGCUGCCGACUUCAUUCGUGGCUGGUGGCUCUGAUGACCUCAUAGCCGGAGCAUGGCGUGGACUCCGGGGACUCGCAGCGCGUCAGUGGCAGCUGGGGCUGUGUCCAGCACUGCCGUCGUCCUCCCUGAUCUCCGGCGGCUGUUGGCUGGGUUCCCAGAACAGACCUUUCCUGCUCCUCUCGGCAGAGCCAGUUGGCCUUUCCACAUCCCAGUCGGCUGCCGGUGGAGGUCAUCGUGGACCUCACUGCCCUGUGUUUAGGACGCUGGCAGCCGUGCGGUUUCGUCACCAGGCACUGGGCUGGCUGUGGAGAGCCUCCCUGCCUCGGCCCAGCUGGGUUCCUGUGACAGGAGCACUCGGGGUCACGGCUACCUGGGGUGGAGCCCAGGGGUGCCCUGGGGGCACAGAGCUAGCUGGGUGCGUCACGGAUUCAGGUCCACCCUCCCUUCUCCUUUCAGGCUCUGGCAGCUACUGGAAGUCUGAGCUGUUGGUUUCUGUCCGAGGUGAACUACUUUCAGAAAAGUUGCAACUACCGCAAAGUAACUUUUCCCUGACACCUGAGCCCAGCCAUAGUCUCUACCCUGCACUGUGUUGCUAA